AUUGACGUUGUCAGAUAUCAUUUUUGGGGACGCUAUCUCUUACGAGUAGUCCGUGUCCGCUUGCUCCCAGAAGAGCGGUUCCUACAAGUCCUGUCCUUACUGUCUACAAACCAUCUGCUGUAGAUGUGACAACAGAUGACGAGCUCACGGACCUGCUGGCUGUUAGCGGUCCUCCUUGGCUGCUGCUGCCGAUGCCUGACACAAGAACAAUCAACGGAAAAAGAACAAUUCUUGGGCCCCAUUUUUACCGGCCAGCCAAGGAACGUCGUGUUUGACAGUCACUCCGCUGGGCAAGAAGUCAGACUACAAUGCGCGGUAAAGGGAGAGGAGCCGAUCACAUAUCGUUGGCUGAAGAAUGAUAACGCAUUGGAGCUGAAUUCUCGACAAGCGCCAUACGAGGUGGACGCCGGCACAUUGAUCAUAAAGAACCCGGAGAAGAGCAGAAACGAAGGGGGGUACCAAUGUGUGGCAGAGAACAAGCACGGCACGGUCCACAGUCACUCGACAGCUCUCCGAUUUUCUUAUGUCAAUCCGUUUGCCUCGACUCCGCGCCCACCAGUGACCGUACGUCAGGAGGAAGGAGCGGUUCUCCGGUGCCAGAAACCAGAAGCAUAUCCAGGUCUCAUCUUCUUCUGGGUGGAGUCAGUCACACUUGAUCCGGCCUUCAGGGGUAGCGACCAGCGGGUGUACGUGUCUCAGAAGACGGGAGACUUGUACUUUGCCCGGGCUGAACCGAGCGAUGAGGGGAAAUACCAGUGUGUGAUCAGACUGAGUCUAGAAGGGUCUGAACUUCGUUACCUUAGCCCAACAAACUCAUUUUCAAUAUCAGGACAAGCAUCAUCCCAAUCAGCUACUAGCCUGGUUCUUUACGAGGGGGCUACGAUAGAAGCAGCUGCCCGUACGACAGUCGUGAUGGAGGCCUUUGCCUACGGAAACCCAAUUCCAACAUUGACGUGGCGGCGUCUGGACGCACAAGGCAAUGUGGUUGCCAUGCCUCCGAGUAGCAGGCUGACCAUGGAAACUUUUAAAAGAUCCUUGACCAUAACUGACGUGCGGAGUGAAGAUGCAGGCUUCUACGAGGUCAGAGCAUCCAACAAUUUGCGGUCACAAACACGGAGAACUCAACUCAUCGUUCAGGCUAUCCCCGAUUUGAUCAGAUUGGAGCGGAACAUCUUCCGCCAGGGUCUGGGAGCGUCGGUGACGUUUGGUGCAGGCUGGCGCAGUUCAGAGCCAGUCACUAUCACCUGGCUGCAUAACGGCAGGAUUCUGACAGAAGGAGGCAGAUACAGGAUGACGCGUUCCGACAAUACGGCAUCACUUCAGAUCAUCAACCUCGUCGAGGAAGAUAGUGGCAUCUAUCAGUGCUCCAUAGGAAACACUUACGGCACCGCUUAUGGAAGUGGUUCACUACUUUAUUCAGGAGCCCCAUCCUACCUAACAAACUUCAGACGAACAGAAAGUGGGGACAGCUAUGCAGUAUUUGUUUGGGGCCUGCCUGAAGGCAGCACCAUCACUGACAUAAGAAGAUAUCAAUUUUUUGUUACACCCAAGGGUGGGGGAUACACGAGGAUCAUUAAUGUCCCACCAGAAGAGACAACAGUCCGUAUUGAUUCUUUCAGCAACCACAGUAGCAACUACAUUAUUGAGGGUCGAGCGAACAGCAAGACACUUGACAUACCAGGUCCAUUGACCACUGAAGAGACAAAAAGGAUUGAUCCGCCUAAGCCAAGGACGGCAGUACCGCUUCUUGCUUGGCUUCUCCCGCUGCUGCUCCUACUAUUGCUGUUUCUACUGUGCUGUUGCUGUUGCCUGUGGCUGGGGCUGUGUGGGAAAUACUGCCCCUGUUGUACCUGCUGGACCUGUUUCGGGGGAUCUCCUACACCACCACCACCACCACCAUGUGAACCUAUGGAUAAGCACCACCGUGAGAUGCUGAAGUUGUACCGACCUGACGCUGUCGAAUAUGUCAACCGUCCUGACCGGGUCUUUAUGUACUUAACCUCCAUAAAUGUGCUCCCUGCCAGCGUGAUCAAGGUCAUCAACAAGCAGCAUUAUACCAAAGACCAGUAUAACAGGAAGAUUGUAGACACCCUGAUACAACAUGGAGGGAAUGACGCCUUCAAAGGAUACUGCUCUUCACUCAGGAAGGAGAAGUUGUUCUGGCUGGCAGACACUUUGGAAGGACAAGGACUGUCCAUUUACCGGCGAGAGCUGCUGACACGACACCAGUCUGUCCUGGUGGAGAGGAUGGACCCUGACAUAACCCUGGCCCAUCUCUCAAAGCAGAGGGUGUUCACUAGUGCCAUGACUGAGUACGUCUCAAGUGCAACCUCACGUGAGGAGAAGAACAGACGCAUUCUUCAUCUGCUACAGUCACGUAGUGAUGAUGAAUUCUCCGUGUUCCUGGACGCUCUGAGGCUGAAUGAAAGCCAGCCUCCUCUUGUGGACCUUUUUGAGCCGAGCCAAGUGACCCUGCCUGCUGGGCCAGGCAAGCAGCCAAAGCCCCAGCCUUGGCCAGGUCAGCUGCAGCAGCCGGCAUGGAACGGUGGUGGUCAGCUGCAGCAGUCAGCAUGGAACGGUGGUGGUCAGUUGCAGCAGCAGUCGGCAUGGAACAGUGGUGGUCAGCUGCAGCAGCCGGCAUGGAACAGUGGUGGUCAGUUGCAGCAGCAGUCGGCAUGGAACGGUGGUGGUCAGCUGCAGCAGUCGGCAUGGAACAGUGGUCAAAUCUCUGGUAGCAAGGUCUACAUUCACCAGCAGACGAAUUUGAAGGGAGUAACCGCAAAAAAGGGGCUGCACUUCACUGACCCUUCCAUCAAGUCAGGUGCUUCUACAAUGGUCCAGAUUGGACAGCCGGUCAUUCUGGAGGUCAAUGGAGAAGUGGACAAUGCCCAUUGGAUGCUCAAUGACGGGCCUCUGCCUCAACACAAAGGCGUCCACACCCGUGCCUACGGCCUGACCCAUCAGCUGACGAUAGACGCCAUGACCCAUGACCUGGCAGGCACCUACACCUGCCAAGGUACCACUCCAGAUGGCGCCAUGUUGUCAUGUGACAUCAACAUCACAUCAAUGGACCCCAAAAUGGCAAUGUAGGCUGAAAAUAUACUUGUAGAGUAGCAUUCUGUUGCCAUUGAUGCUUUUAAUUACCUUCGGCAAGAAGGUUAUGUUUUCGUAGGCGUUUGUGUGUCUGUGUGUGAGCACAAUAACUCAAGAAGGCUAAGAUGGAUUGUCUUGAUAUUUGAUGGGUGGAUAGGUCUUUAUGAGAUGUCGAAUUGAUUAGAUUUUGGGCCCCCUAGUGGCUUGUUAUGGUACUGUAGCUGAACU